AUGUGUCGUGUUGUAAUGUUAAUACUAACGAUUGUGAUCGGAUUAUGUCAAGCAAGAACUGUGCCGAUUCGCGGCAAACAAGUGAAAGCAUACGCCUACGUGUUGCCAGCCGGUGCCGAAGAAAUACGUGAUGACAUUAACCAUUCAUUUGUUUGUGCAAAUCGAACCGAUGGAUUCUACGUUGACAUUGAUAAUGACUGUCAGAUUUUUCAUCGAUGCCAGGACCGAGCCCGUUUCAGUUUCAUUUGUGCUGAGAAGACAGUCUUCAGCCAAAUGUACCAAACGUGCGUGCACGAAGGCCAACUAGGCUUCCCAUGUGAGGAUUCCGGUGCCUUCUAUCCGGAUGGUGAAGAUUCAUCGGUUAACAGCAAUGACAACGACAACGAUGACGGCGAUGGCGGAAAACUUUCUUUACCCUCUGGUGACAAUUCUGAGAUAGAAAUGCCUUCACAAGACUUACUGCCACCUGAAGAAUCGAUCCAACACCAAGCGGAUGAACCCGUCAUUGGCACUAUAUCAAUGCCCAUUAGCGAUAAUUUUGUUAGUGAAUUCGACCAUCACCAGUUGAAUGCCGAUACAUUCGAUCCGGUUGAGGACAACGAGAGUGAAAAUACUGCACAAGAAGUAACAGACGAGGAAGCUGUCAGUCCACCUUUAGAAGAACUACAUCAGGAUGAAGCUGUAACAACAAGUGAUACCACUAAAGAGGAGGAAGUUAGCGAAGAGAUAACCAAUGUGGUUUCCUCAGACAGUGAAAAUGGUCAUACAAGUGAUGAACACAUAGAAGAGGCAGUUGCUGUAGAGGCUUUAGGGACGAAUGAAGUUAGUAUGAAUGAACAUGAUAAUCACGAAAACGAAAAUACAUUGCUUGCUGAAGAUGCUAAAGUUGAACCUCAAUCUCUAUUACAAAACGAUGUUCAAAUAGUCGAGGAAACCGAUCCUGUCGUUCAAGAUGUUAAAGUUGUAGAACCAGAAACAGCGAUAAGCACCGACACCAACGAAGAAGCGCCGUCUGGUGAUAUCACUGAACUAAAGCCGUUAGACUCGGAAAUAUCAAACGAUAGCUCAAUUAAUGCAGUUGCGCCGGAAACUAGCAAUAAUAGCGCAGAAUAUGUACAACAGCCAAAUUCGGACAACGUGAUUUCCGAAAUCGCACUCCACGAGGGUAAUAGCGAAGAAAGCCAACAUGAGGUUAGUGAACCGCUACCCGUAGAAAGCCAUGCAAAUGCAGCCGCAAGCGUACCAAUUGCGGAUUCAAAUCAACCGGAAAUCAAUGAGCAAUCGCUACCGCCAGCGGCAGUGUUACCGGAAGCAACGACGAAUGAAAUUCAUCCUUUCGUUGCCGCCACGCUCGCUGACCAGUUGGCCAACGAAUCAAAAAAUAUCGAUUUACCCGAAUUCAUCGUAUCAACGGUUGCCGAUCUCAGAAAGGGAAUCCCAUCGCUUCCGCUGAGGCGAAGGAGAACUUUCCUAUUCAAAGCGGAUGCAAUGUCAUCAUGA